AUGACAGUUGUGCUGAAUUGCCGAUUCCGGUUUUGCCGCGCAACAGCUUCCGCCUUAGAUCUCACUACCCUUUUGCGCUUUCCAAAACUCCGAAUACCCUUGUCGACAAAGCAAGCGAUAGGCCUGAAGGGCAAUGCUGCGGACUGGCGACCCACAUCGAAUGCCCGCAACCUGGCCAUGAUUGAGGAGGCACGGCGCUUCUCCAAGCAGAUCAAGCUGCUGCACAAGGAGCUGCGGGAGAUGGAGGGCAGGAUUGAAGGCAACCUGGUGGUUCUGAAGGGCGUGCUGAACUCCCCCCUGCCCCGAGUGUAUGAAAUGACCGACAAGGGGGCGGUGCCCGUGGAGAAGGAGGCGUCCGUGGUGGGGAUGGGGGUGGCAUUUGACGCGCUGGGGGCCACAGCGACAAAUCUGAAGGCCAAGCUGCAGCAGGAGGUGCUGUUUCCUCUAGAUCAGUGGCAGGCGGGUUACCGCAUGAUCAAGGUCCGCAAUGCCAAGUGCGAGGAGCUGAGGUUGGAGCUGGAUGCCAAAAGAAGGGAGGCGGCGGCCAUGGCGGCCAGCCUAGAGAAGCUCAAGUCCCGGGCGGCUGCUAGCGCCCACCCGGGGGAUGUGGAGGGCGGCAAGACGGGGGCCGGUGGCGGGGGCAGUGAGGGGACCAAGCUGGCCACCAUGCAGUCCCUGCCACCCGGCACUAAAACCAACUCCAACAAGUGGGAGGAUGCGGAGUUUAAGUUGCAGAAGGAGGAGGACAAGGUGGCUCGUCUCACGCAGCGAUUCAAGGACAUAGAGGGGGAGGUGUACACGGCCCUGCUCACGCUGAUCAACGACACUAAGGUGCUCAAACAGUACGCGGCUACGGCACUGAUUGUGUUCCAGCAAGCCUUCACCCAAGCACACUCGGCCUUUGGCCCCGCGAGCUCCCUGGCGUCACUGGGCCUGCUGCCAACAAGCAGCGCCGCGCUGGAGACUCCCAAUGCAAAGUCCACAGCCGGGUACAACGGAGGGGCCACACCUGCAUCUGGUACGGCAGCCUAUACCCCUAAGGGCGGUCCCGACACACCGGACCAGACGCCGGCCUCGCAGCCAGUACCGCAGCAGCGGCCGCCACCACCCGCCUGGUACAAUGAAGCCAAACAGCAGGCGCAGCCUAUGCAGUACGGGGAGGACAGCGACGAUGACAAGUGA